AUGGAUAUCAAAGUGCCUUAUGGUAAAUGGGAAAGGCUAUGGGUAGAGGGACACACAAAGUGGGAUUUAGGAGAAGCAACUCCAAUUGUUGUUCAUCUUUGUGAAACGGGUUCUUUGCCUAAUGGAAGAGCUUUGAUUCCUGGAUGUGGAACCGGUUAUGAUGUGGUUGUGAUGGCAAACCCUGACCGUCAUGUUGUUGGACUCGAUAUUUCAAAAACCUCAAUAGAAAGAUCGACAAAGAUGUUCUCUUCAUUGCCUAACUCAAAACAUUUCUCCUUCUUGAAAGAAGACUUCUUCACUUGGGAGCCAACCGAAAAAUUCGACCUCAUUUUCGACUACAACUUCUUCUGUGCCUUUCAACCUAAAGUUCGACCUCUAUGGGCUAAGCGCAUGCAUGAACUUCUAAACCCCGGAGGAGAGCUUAUCACAUUGAUGUUUCCUUUAGAUGAUCGUUUUGGUGGACCUUCUCCUUAUCCAGUAUCAGUCUCAGCCUAUGAGGAGCUUUUGGUUCCCUUAGGAUUUGAGGUAAUCUCUAUUGUGGAUAACGAUCUUGCUCCUGGUCCACGCAAGGGAACUGAAAAAGUUGGCAGAUGGAAGAAGAAGUCAAUGUGA